GGCGGCCAUCUUGUUCCCGCUUGGAGAUUGAAUGAGUAGUUAGUGGAGGCUCAUCCGGGAAGCGUCUGGGAUUCUGUUCUAUCCACGUCCAUCCUCCGCUCCCCGGACAUGGAGCGCUCCGCCAUCCGCACCCUUCUUCUCCUCACAGCCCUGACCGUCGCCGCUCAGGCCCACGAGCUGAUCAAUGAGGACGUGAAGCGCACCGUGGACCUCAGCAGCCAUCUAGCCAAAGUGACGGCCGAGGUGAAGCUGUCCAACCCGGGUCCUGCAGCCGCUCAGUCCUUCCUGGUCGCCCUGGAGCCGGAGCUGGCCGGACACCUGGCCUUCCUGGGGGUGAAAACAGAGGAUGAAGAGGAUGGAUACCUGGAAGUACGGGAAACAAAAGUCAAAGGAAAGAGUGGAAAACAAUUCUCAGUCCAGCUUCCAUCCUCUCUGUCUCCUGGAGCCAAGACCAAAGUCUUUAUUGAAGCCGUCUACACUCACAUCCUGCACCCAUAUCCCACCCAGAUCACACAAGCAGAGAAACAGUUUGUAACCUUUGAAGGCAACCAUUACUUUUAUUCUCCAUACCCAACCACAUCCCAAACAACGCGUGUAAAGCUUUCCUCCCGGAAUGUCGAGAGUUACACGAAGCUUGGAAAUCCAUCCCGAUCAGAUGACACCAUUGAAUAUGGUCCCUUCAAAGAUAUUCCGGGGUGGAGCCAUGAUGUCUUAAAGGUUCACUAUGAGAACAAUAGUCCUUUCUUAACUAUUACCAGCAUGACCCGUCUUAUUGAAGUCUCCCAUUGGGGCAACAUUGCUGUCGAAGAGACUGUUGAUUUAAAACAUACUGGAGCAUAUUUGAAGGGACCAUUCUCCAGAUAUGAUUACCAGAGGCAACCAGACAGUGGAAUCUCAUCUGUCAAAUCCUUUAAGACAAUUCUGCCAGCGGCUGCUCAGGAUGUGUACUACAGGGAUGAAAUUGGCAACAUCUCUACCAGCCACCUGCUAAUUCUGGAUGACUCUGUCGAAAUGGAGAUCCGACCCAGGUUCCCUCUUUUCGGCGGGUGGAAAACCCAUUACAUGAUUGGUUAUAACCUUCCAAGUUACGAGUACUUGUACAAUCUCGGUGACCAAUACGCUCUGAAGAUGAGGUUCAUUGAUCAUGUUUUUGAUGAACAGGUUGUGGAUUCUCUGACUGUCAAAAUAAUCCUUCCUGAAGGAGCAAAAUAUAUCCAAGUAGAAAACCCCUACGACUUAAACCGAGCACCCGAUGAGCUGCACUACACCUACCUAGACACCUUUGGCCGGCCGGUUAUCGUCGCUCAUAAGAACAAUCUAGUUGAACAACACAUUCAGGAUGUUGUGGUUCAUUACACAUUCAACAAGAUUUUGAUGCUCCAAGAGCCUCUCCUGGUGGUGGGAGCCUUCUACAUCCUGUUCUUCACAGUCAUCAUCUACGUCAGGCUCGACUUCUCAAUUACCAAGGACCCAGCAGCUGAAGCCAGGAUGAAGGUUGCCUGCAUUACUGAGCAGAUCCUUACUCUGGUCAACAAGAGACUCGGCCUUUACCGUCACUUUGAUGAAGCUGUGAACAAGUACAAGCAGUCCCGGGACAUAUCCACCCUAAAUAGUGGCAAAAAAGCCCUAGAGACUGAACACAAGAACCUAGCAAAUGAAAUCGCAUCACUGCAGUCCAAGCUAAAGGCUGAAGGCUCUGACUUGUGUGAUAAGGUCGCAGAGAUCCAGAAGCUAGACAGUCAAGUGAAGGAGAUUGUGGUGAAAUCCUCCUCUGAAGCUGAGCGCUUGGUUGCUGGCAAGCUGAAGAAGGACAGCUACAUCGAAAGCGAAAAGCAGCAUGCCAAUAAACGCCAGGAGCUGGUCAACAAAAUCGACAACAUUCUCGAUGCAUUGUAACUGCUUUAAGAUCAGGACUGGACAAACCUCAGGAGCCAGACUACAACAGUGCCUGGAAGCAUUACAUUCUUUGCGCCUUUCUGCAUCCUUGUCGGUCUAACUCCUGAGUUUAGCAUCUUUUGUCCCCUCCUGCUUUAUUGUCAACAAUAUGAGAUUAAGGUGCAGCUGUGUGUGUGCCGUGUGCUCACCAAGCUAACACCAUGCUCUUAUUCUGAGUACUUAUUGGAUGAUCAUGAUUUCCCCUGAGAGUUUAUAUGAGCAGUUUACUGCCAAUGUACAAUCUUCUCCCACUUGUGCCCUGCCAUAAGGUAAUGCCAGGCACUUGGCUGCUUAACCCUUCAGUGGAUGCGGGCAGUUUUCUAGAAAAUAUUAAUAAAGAACACCAGAUUUUAUUCACUGUUCUUCAGCAGUUUGUGCCUGAUAUUCUCCCAGGGGAUUAGAAUAUUUUUUUUGGUUGGGGAUGUAUGAUACAUGCGAAUGUGGUGAAGUUAAAUAAAGAGAACAAUUUUCCUGUCCCUUUUUAAUGAAAAUUUUUGGUUAUCAUUUUUUUUU